CCCGGCGGCGCCCGGGCGGCGGGGCGGGGGCGACGGGCAGCGGGAGGCUGGGGUGUCCGCCACCUCCCUGGGGCCUGCCUGGCCGCCUCCGCGAUGCCGCUGCUGGUGGCGGGGCGGCGAGUGCGGCUUCCGCAGUCUGCCAGGGAUCUGGUCCGAGCCCACCCGCUUCUGGAGGAAAGAGCCAGACUUCUCAGAGGUCAGUCUGUUCAACCAGUGGGACCCCAGGGCCUGCUGUAUGUUCAGCAAAGAGAGCUUGCUGUGACCUCCCCAAAGGAUGGCUCCAUCUCCAUUCUGGGUUCUGAUGAUGCCACCACUUGUCACAUUGUGGUCCUGAGGCACACAGGUAAUGGGGCAACCUGCCUGACACAUUGCGACGGGUCUGACACCAAAGCUGAGGUCCCCUUGAUCUUGAACUCCAUAAAAUCCUUUUCCGACCACGUUCAGUGUGGCAGGCUGGAAGUGCACCUCGUGGGAGGCUUCAGCGAUGACAGGCAGUUGUCACAAAAGCUCACCCAUCAACUUCUUAGUGAAUUUGACAGACAAGAAGAUGACAUUCACUUAGUGACAUUAUGCGUGACAGAAUUAAAUGACCGUGAAGAAAAUGAAAACCACUUUCCAAUAAUUUAUGGCAUUGCUGUCAACAUUAAAACAGCGGACAUUUUUAGAGCCUCCUUCCAAGAUCGAGGGCCAGAGGAAGAGCUGCGGUCAGCACGGGCUUUAGCGGGAGGACCAAUGGUUAGCAUUUAUGAUGCCAAGACAGAACAACUUCGUAUAGGACCAUAUUCCUGGAUGCCAUUUCCACAUGUGGACUUCUGGUUGCAGCAAGAUGAUAAGCAAAUACUAGAGAACCUUUCCACAUCACCUUUGGCCGAGCCCCCUCAUUUUGUCAAACAUAUUAGAUCUACCUUGAUGUUUUUAAAAAAAUACCCAUCUCCAACUAAUAUGUUGUUUCCUGGAAAUAAAGCUCUCCUCUACAAAAAAAAUGAAGAUGGAUUAUGGGAAAAGAUCUCUUCACCAGGAAACUAAAAAUAGGAACUACCAAAGACUUUCGUAUGAUAUACACAAUUCAUUAGGGGGUUAGCAAGAAGAUGGCUUUGGAAUUUAUGGAAUCUAUGUUGUGUUUUAGGUCUGCCUCCUUACUCAGUGUCUUUCAAAAUAAAAUCUUAUUUUGGCAAAGGAA